AUGGGUCAUCUAUCCGCGACCGCGUCCGCGCAGCCUUCGCGGCGGAGAGCCACACGCACUUCCGGCCGCGCCGUGGGCCUCCCUGGCGCGCGCCCCGCUGCCCCUGCCCGGCCUAGGGCUCUCCGGUGCUGCGUCCCUGCGCCGUGCGCCGCCCUGGCCCCACCUCACAGGUCGACCCCACCUCACAGGUCGACCCCACGCCGGCCCCCCCACGCCAAGCCCGGGCCCGCGGCGCCAGGCAGCAGCGCCCCCUGGUGGACGCCGCUGCUCAGCGCCCCGUCGGCUCAACCCGACCCGGGGCCGCGCCGGGACCCGACGGUCCAGCCCCGGCCGGCGGGGGCGCUGCCCAGGCUGCGGGGAGGGCGAGGAAACCGACAGGGCCCGCGGGCACACCGGAGCCCACGUCAGGGUCGGCGGGAGAAGCCUCAGGGCAGGCCUCAGCGCAGGGUCGCUGCAACCAGGGACAGGGCGAAAGCGCUGCGGUCCGGAGAGAAGAUGACUGAGUACACCCGACAGGACCGAGGCGGGGAGAGGAAGACAGGCGAAGACCAGGCCCGCCUGGGGAGGGCGGCAGUCAGUGGCAGCACCGACCUGCCGGCCGGAGGAUCAAGAAGUCCCUAUAGCAGUGGCUCACACCGUGCAUUUUCUUACUCCGAUGCCCGCUCUCGUGGCAGCCCAGUUCCCUGGAGACACUCUGCACCGCACACGCGUGCCCUGCAUGAGCUCAGCCGCACACUGUGGAGCAAAGCGAUCCUGACGUGUGGCUGCAGGGCCAGAACGCCGCUCCGGUUGUGGAACCAGAACCAAACCAAAUGGAAAAGCGCUCUACACCAGGAGCUGGAAGGCAACCGACUUUACCACACUGGUGGGCUGGGAUUGCUCCCACAGCAUCAGCUCAAAACUGGCUUUGGAAUUGGUUUAUAUACGUUUUGUAGGCAGGAAGUACAGGAGCUUGAAAGCGAGGCAAGUUUCUGUUGGGUAGCAUCAGUCUUGCUGGGCAGAAAGUCCUUGGAGCGAGUUAGCCAACAGGACAUGUUUGGGGGCGAGAAAGCACAGGCUGCGCAGCUGGGUGCAGUCAGACUGGGCGGAUCAGGUUAUCUCUGGUCUAGUCAGUCAAGGCUGAGGGAGUCUAGCGGAGGAGGUACGCGGGGGGCUGCAUGAUCUCAUUCUGU